GCUGAAGUUAUUGUUUGUGGUUCUCUGUAUUAGAUUAAAAGAGGAUGAGCGCUGUGUCGGCAAGAGAUUGUGGAUGCACCCAAUACUUUGCAGACGAAAGGAACAUGGAGAAUACUACAGAUUGGUUAGGGAGAUGAGAAUGGAAAGAGAAGCCUAUUUUAAACAGUACUUCCACAUGACACCAUCUACAUUUGACCGUCUUUUGAAUAUGAUAGAGAGCAAGAUUGUGAAACAAACUACAAAUAUGCGUGAACCAAUUCCGCCUGAGGAACGACUUGCAGUCACUUUGAGAUAUUUGGUGACGGGGGAUUCAUAUCAGACCAUCGGAUUCUCUUACAGGAUUCAUAAAACGACCAUAUCGCGAAUUAUUCCAGAAACCUGCGCUGCAAUAUGGGAUUCCCUGCAGCCUGUGUUCAUGGCAGUCCCAAGUGAAAAUCAGUGGAAGAUUAUUGCAAACGAUUUUAAACAAUUAUGGCAAUUUCCAAACUGUGUUGGAAGUAUUGAUGGGAAACAUGUUGUCAUACAAGCUCCUGCAAACAGUGGUUCAUCAUUUUUCAACUAUAAAAAAACUUUCAGUCUGGUACUGCUUGCAGUUUCAGACGCAAAGUACAGAUUUAUUUACGUGGAUGUUGGAGCGUAUGGACGGCAGAGUGAUGAGAAUGUUUUUGCUUCAUCAUCUUUUGGAAAAAACUCCUGGAUGGCGGAUUUCGUAGAUCACGAGGUCAGUGAAGGUGCAGUGCAGUGGAAGGCCGAAGAAAAUUCAGCAAUGUUAAAUAUCAGGAAUAUUGGAAGGCUGAGUGCGAAGGAGGCAGUAAAAGUUAGAGAACAAUUCAGCGAAUAUUUUGUUAGUGAGAAAGGGGCACUGCCAUGGCAGGAUAAAUAUGUGUUCUCGAGUGGUCGAAAUAUGAUCUAA